AUGGGUUCUACUGUAAUUACUUUUGAUAAAGAAUUUGCACCUCGAAGGCUUCGUAACUGGGAGGUACCAAAAGUUUUCCCAAAAAGACCAUUACAAAGAUACGGUAAAACAAAAAUAAUAUCUGAUGAGAAUGGCCAUUUACUGCCGCAUAUACCAAGACCAAAAACCAGUCCGUGGGGAAAUUUCAAGAGUACAUGGCAAUUACCAGAUAAAUUGUCGCAAAAACAAAUUGAAGAUAUGAAUUCAUCAUUAACUAACAAAAACAAAUGGGCAACGCGUAAUAAAAAACCGGACACAAAAUAUUCAGAACACCCUAAAUCAAGGAAAAUUAAAAAAGCUAAAUCGUUAGAUUUAGAAUACGUUCCAGGUGAUUUUACAGAACCAAAAGACCAACAUCCAUCUCGGGAACUUUUGCUAGAACAAAAGGAACUAAGAGAUCAAGGUCAAUUACCGAAAUUAGAUAAACCUGAUGAAUUUUUUCUUGAAAAGCAUCAGUGUAACGAUAAAGUAGCUUUACUAGCUACAAAAGAAAAGGAAAAGCGAAGUCCAUCUCCUCACGUUUUAGGAAAAGAUAUUGAUCCAACAGACGUUCAUCAAUUACGACAAGCUUUAGGUGAAACAAACAUUACAACAGACGACUUAGACAAAAUGCGUUAUUUAUCUGUAAAACCUAUUCCGGAAAAACCUAACUAUCGUACACCGUCACCGAUUAUUCCUGCAAAAUAUAAUUUUCAAAUUGCUAGAAAAAUGCAUGCAGAAAAUUUAGAACAUCAACCUUUACCUGAUCGUAUUACGGAUGAACAAUUUAAAAAAUUAGAAGCACAGGGUUAUAAUUUUCCAGGGUUUGCUUUAGAUUUUGUCCCAAAACCAACAGCUGUUGGUGUAGGUGCAUAUAAUGUUGGUCCAACACAUUGCACGAAAAUGAAAAUUUAUCGCCCGCAGACAUGUGGGGUAGUUCCAAAACCUUUAAGUCGUUACAACAAACAAUACAUCAAUGUACACAGACCUGGAACAUCAGUGGUAGACAAAAAAAUGGGCCAAAUGGAUUUAGCCAUAUGUUGGGAUUUUAGACCUGCUGAUUCAAAUGAUGAACCAAAAUGGACCCGUCAUAUUGAUGGUACCGAAGAUGAUGCGGGACCUGCGGUUUUUCAAAUUGUCACAACUCCUAGAAGUCCAAAACCUAAUGAAACAGGAAGAUCUGGGGGAGUUUUUACAAGUACCUUUGGAGAUCCAGGAUUUUUCGAUAAAGAUAUUAUUAAAAAAAAAUCGAACUUUGGUGGGGAGAAAACAGAUUUAAAAUGUACUUGUGGUACUUCUCCAGUUGUGUUUCCUGAAGAAAUGCAACAAGCUGUUGCACAAUCUGAAAAUAAUAACUUUCGGUCAAAAAGUGCUUCCAGAGGGGAUAUUUUAGUAGAUAACACAAAAUUAUUUAAAAGUUCUCCAAAUUUAUCAGAAUUUCAAGUAAGUGAAUAUGCACCACAAUAUUACAAAGAAAAUAUGCACAAACUUAAUGACAAUAAUAAUAACGAUGAAGACUUCGAAAUAAAAGAAUAUAAACCAAAAGUUCAAUCAUACGGUAAAGUUUUGCAUUCUUGUAAUAAGUACCGUGGUAAACCUAAAGAAGUUCGAGCAAAACAACCAAGUUUUCUUAAAAAAACAAUGCGUCUUUGUUAUAAAGUAGCUCCUCAACCAUAUCCUGAAGAAAGUGAGAAAGCAGAAUAUAAGAAAGCGUUUAAAGCCGGUGCUCCCAAACGAGAUGUUACCGGAGGAAUUAGUUCUGAUAGCGGUUGCAGUACUAUGUCGUCAUGUUCAACAGGGACGAAAAUUUUAGUUGUCCCUAAGCCGAGAAAUCCAUAUAUGAGAAAAAAAUAUGAUAUUAGUACAUUAGUACCACCGUUUAAAAGUUAUAAGGGCGGAGCCGGACAAGGUGGUUACCCGGAACAUUGGAGAUUAGCAAGCGUAUACCAACAUUCUUACAAACCAAUAGAACAAAGAAAAUGUAUGUUUAUGGAUACAAUUUUUAAAUAGAAAAUUUAGAUUGUAAUUAAUCAAUUUUAAGGAAAUUUCUUGUUAAUUUGCGAAUAUGAUUUUUAAGAACUUUAAUUAUUAUUAAUUAUGUAAAUAAUUGAAUAUAAAUUAAUAUAAUGUAUAAG